AUGCACAAACUCGUGCUCGAGACGGCCUCACAGGCGAAGAUCAGCGUGUGCGUCCCACAAUGGCCGCAUUUUGUGAAGAACGACGAUAGCUGGUGGAACAUGAAUCUCCCUAGCUUUCCGACGCGCUACACGACCUGCAACGUACUAUGCUCUGAACGCAUACCACCACUACCGCAAGAAGUCAGGGAACGUCUCAUUGACCUAUACUGUCCACUCGCGUCGAUUACCACUAUCAAGGCCAACGACGCCGACCGAGACUGCUCAGCAGAGGACCUCGAGCUUCCGAUUAUGAAGUAUGCACAUGCGAUGGCUGAGACACUCGCCAUGAUGCACUGGACGGCGAAGACCGACACCCAUGACAUUUCGUACUGGGAGGGUUUCGAACGCGAACAGGAAACGCCCAUAACAAAUACACUCACGGCAUCUUGGGAACUCAUUCGCUAUGGGUCCUGGACUUUGACUGCUGCAAGCCGCUAA